GCCACCAUAUGGACUGUGAACAAUGGAGCAACAAGACCAAAACCUCUGGUAUCCCUUUUCAUCCGAGCUCAACUCCUCUACAUCCUCACCUAUCCUCUUCUCUUACCCUCGACUUUUCAACAUCUCCUCCAACAUUUCCGCUCAGAGCGUCCCCUUUCAGGGCAGCAGCACUCUGAUGACCGCAGUCAUCUCCCUCACAGUCUUCGUGGUGGGUCUGACCGGCAACACUUUGGCGAUCUAUGUGGUGCUGCGCUAUGCCAAAAUGAAAACAGUCACCAAUAUCUACAUCCUGAACCUGGCUGUGGCUGAUGAGCUAUACAUCGUCGGGCUCCCCUUCCUUACCACACAGAAUGUACUCUCCUAUUGGCCCUUUGGCUCUUUCCUGUGUCGAGUGGUCAUGACUGCAGACUCCAUGAACCAGUUUACGUCUAUCUUCUGUCUCACAGUAAUGUCCAUCGACCGUUACCUGGCUGUGGUUCAUCCAAUCCGCAGCACCAAGUGGAGACACCCCCGCGUAGCGAAGGUAGUGAGCGCAGCUGUGUGGGCCGUUUCCUUUGUGGUGGUCCUGCCAGUGGUCAUCUUCUCUGAUGUGCAGGAUACAUUUAACUCCUGCAACAUGAUCUGGCCAGAGCCGAAGGAUGUGUGGUCAACAGCCUUCAUUCUCUACACUGCCACAGUGGGUUUCUUUGGACCACUGCUCAUCAUUUGCCUCUGUUACCUUCUUAUUGUGAUCAAGGUGAAGUCCUCUGGGGCACGGGUUGGUUUCUCUAAACGCCGACGCUCAGAGCGCAAAGUGACCCGAAUGGUGGUGGUGAUUGUGGUGGUGUUUGUGCUCUGCUGGCUGCCGUUCUUCAUCAUCAAUAUGGUCAAUCUGGUGGUCAUCAUCCCGGAGUCCAGCGCCACUGCUGGCAUCUACUUCUUCGCUGUCAUCUUGUCUUAUGCCAACUCAUGUGCCAACCCGUUUCUCUAUGGUUUCCUAUCAGACAACUUUAAGCAGAGCUUCAGAAAAGUGCUGUGUGUGAGGACCAUGAGGUGUGUUGCCAAUGGUGUAGAUGAUGGUGACCCCAGUGCCCCGCGCACUGAGAAAACCACAGCACAAGACUGCAUCCUGCUGUCCCCGCGUAACCAGGUCUAUCACGAUCCCCAGAGCAGCCAGAUCUCACCUCACCCGCCGGGCUCACCAACGACUCACACUGCAGCAGACCUGCACCGCUCCACCCCUACAUGUAAGUUUCAGUCCACUUACCCAGGAACCGGACCGGCCACUACCACAGCAGCCUCGAUGCUAAACUCUGUCGUAACUGCAGCUGAACCUCCCACAGUCACUGCCCUGACCACCAGCUCCUCCUCUGGUUAAUUAGUGCCACAUGAACAGUAGCAGAAAACUCACAGAUGAACUGAGAAGGAAAAACAUAUUUUAAGACUGCAGAGGAGGAAGCCGAAGUUGGAUCAAGUGAUCAAAGUGGCAAAAUCGAUGCUUUUCUGCCUUUUUGUCAACUAUUAUAUUACUACCACACACACUCAUUCUACAUCCAUUAUAGCACAUUGGUGAAAAAAAAAACUUUCUUUUGUUUACCAAGACCAAUUUUGUUCUUUUCAGCCGCCUGACAUAAGUGCCUUUCCAGCUAUAAUCAACACAGCUCCUAAAAAACAUUUACACCUUACUCCUUUCAUUUUAUGUUGGUCAUGUAACACUGAAGAAUGUAUUUACCUAUCAGAACCAAAAAAGCCUCUUAGGACUUAUUUCAUUUGGUGGAUGUGAUUUCCUGCAGGUAGCAAAUAUGAGGGGUUUAUUUGGGCAUUAUAGGGUCCUCUCUACAACAGCUUUAAUCAAACAGUGCAGUAAUUCAUCAAAUUUUCUCAUUUCCAACUGCUGCUCAUUUCACUUUCUUACUUAAGUGGAUAAAUUGUGAUGAUUGAAUCCGACGUCUGUAUUUGCGUUGCGUAAAAGUCUUUUGUGAUUUCAUUUGCGUACCGUUGAUAAGUUUAAAAGAAAAAGGAAACAAAAUGAAAAACGGCUUGCUUGUCUUUUAAAUAAGUAAAUGUGAUGCUUUGGCAGCUCUAUGCUUUUCUGUAAACAUGCAGCCCCCCUUAAAGCUAAAACGCCUGACAUUUUUGGACAUAUGCUUCUUGCAUUUGUUUUUGUGUUCAUGUGAUGUGUGUUCACAGUAAAGAUAAACUUUAUUUCCAUUGCGCCUUUGGUGAGCUGGCGAUACAAGGUGUUUUGCACCUUGUAUCGCACCUUGUAACUGACCAAAAAGAAAAAUAGAAAAUACACAAGAGAAAAAGAGAAAAACAGCAAUAUUAUUCACAAGAAAGGGCCACAUUUAAACAUUAAAAAAAGACCUUUUAACACAUUAUGCAAAUAUCAGUCUGUACAAGUGGGUUUUUAAAAGCUUGUGGAUUUGACACAGCUGAUCUGAUAGUAAGGAGAAAGUAUAAAAGUCUGUUCCACAUUUGUUUUAAGCCCUUUUAAUAGGAACUGAUUCUCUGAUCUGAGGAAUCUGGGCACAGAAUAAGAGGUUAGCAUGUAAACAGAGCCAUUCCAUGCAACAGUCUGUUCAUUAGUGCCUGUUUUACUUUGCUCUAUCCAGUGUAUGUAUUUAUUUUUGUCUUUGCAAGAGCUGCGAUGUAGCAGCAUAUGUUGUUACCAGGGCUAUUGGGUGUAAAAUAAAUGCUAGAGUAUAUCAGAUGAGACAGGAGACACUGUGUCUUUGGCCUUUGCAAUUGCAACACCACCUACAUUUCAUUCUAAAACAUCCUGCAUUGUUCUAGGGAGUGAGAUGGAGUGAGAUUCAAUUGUUAGGUACAAUUUAAAAACUUAAAGCAAACUUUAAAGAACAAGUUUGAGCACAGCUUCUCUUUUAGUGGUAGUAUGUCUAAAGUAUUGAUGUAUUAUUAUGUAUGUAUUGUUUAUACAUUUUCUUGUUGAGAAUAUUCAUUAAUACAAUUGCAUACUGUAAUACAAUAAAAUAACUCACAGUAAUGGGAUCAGUUUACUGUAGUAGACAAUCUCACUGAUGGAUUGUGGGUGUUUUCCAGUCACUUUUUCAUUAUGUACAAAGAAAGAAAAUUCAUAUUAGUGGCACAAAGAGUGUGAGUGUAAUGGAGUGGAGGCAAUGAAUAAUGUAAACUAAUAGAAGCAAUGGAAUAACAAAAAAAACCAAGGCUGAUUAAAGAGGCUUUUACAUGCAAAUACAGCAAAUGUGAUGUAUAUUUCAACUGAUAUUUAUAGCUGUUCAGAUGUGU